UAGUCCAUAUUUUUGCAUAUUUAAGUGCCUAUUUUUUGUUUAUUUUCGUAGUAUUAAUCGCUUAUUUAUUUUAUUUCAGGAAAUUGUAGAUAAAUAAAGAAAGAAGAGAAAAUGCAAGAAAAAGAAAAAAAGGGUUGGCAAGUAAAGGACACAUGGAUGGCCACAAUUCUCCCAACACUCAAGGCACAUGGAUGGUCAAGAUUGAGCCUCCCUACCCCUAAACCCUAAUUCUUUAGUUAUAAAUACCCCUCUUCUUUUACUUGUAAUCACCAACCUAGUAACCUAGCCACCUACUCUCCUUUUCUACCUAGUGAUUUCUAUAGUUAGUAUCUUAGAUAGAUUUACAUUUUGCUAGCCCCAAUUUCCUUUCCAAGUUUGUACACACUUUUUAAUUUCUAUGCAAAUCUCUUUUAUCUUAAUCUUGUAUUGUCUUUUUAAUAUAUGUUCUCCAAGAUUGAAUGACUCUUCUAAGUACCACCACAUGCUUUUAAGCUUUUGGGAAAUGAAGAAUCAUUAAACUUGUGAUUAGUGUAGAUUUCUUACUUUUUAGAUUUAAAUUUUGGUAGAAACUUAAACUCUAGCACAAAAAUGAUUUGUGAGGGGGUUAAAAAUCUAGAUUUAAAGAGCAUCAUAUAUUAGUGUUAACUCAAGAUUUCGUUUGUUUUUAUUAUACAAAAUCAGCAGCCACGGAAUGAUUUGCUCUGUUUCUAAACAACAACCCACCUCCCCUGUUUUCAUUAGUUUUUUUUUAAUAAAUACGAAGUUGUGUGCAUCCCACUGUUCUGAUCUUCUUUUACACAAGUUAGGGUCGAUUUAGCUAAUUGUUUUUGCUGCUUUGUCUCUUGCUUCUCGAGUCAUGGCCCUGUUUAGGUUCUGAAUUUCCGAGUUGUGUUGAGUUGGUUAUCACCGAGUCUGUCGCUUUCUUUCCUUCUUUUUCACUACUGCGUUUUUCUUGAUGAUUUCACCGAGUAGGAGUCGAGUCUGUGUUCACGAGUUUAAGCACCGAGUCAGCCCCGCAGUUGUUAAGUUACCGAGUUGACUCCUGUGUUUUCUGCUGUGCUUGAGUCUGUUCCUAGUUUAUGUUUCUGCUCUUUUUCGUUUUUGAACUGAGUCACCGAGUCUGCCAUGUCUGCUUCAUUAGUUGGGUUUGGUUUAUGUUGCUUAGAAUCAGGUCUUUAGUGUGCUUUGUCUUUAAUUUCGUUGCUGUGUUUUGUUGCUGCAGUAUAGUCGAGUCAUUGGUUCGUUCUGUUGUGAGUUUUGCUUGUUUCCGAGUCCACUGUUUUAGCGAGUUUAAGGUGCUGGGUUUGUUUCAAAUCGCCGAGUUCUUCUUUUCCUGCUGUUUGCUGUUGCCGAGUCACUUCCUCUGUAUUUUGUUACCACUUCGUCACUUUCCGAUUAACCGAGUCUUUGUCGUAGUUUUCAGUUUUGAGUUUUGAUGAUUUACUGGGUUAGAUGCGGCCACAGUUUUGUUCAAGUCUACGGCCUGAGUUUACAGAAGUGUGUUUAAGUAAUAGUAUAAUAAGGGCCUGCAUUUUUCCUUUUGGUUGUUGCUGAGUGCGAUUGACUUUAUAUGUUUAACUAGUCAAAUUAUGCCUGGAUUUGUACGCGUUAUAACUUCACUGUUCUAAAAUGAAUCUUGGUUUAUAAAAAGCUUGUGUGGAUUUGCGGCUGGUUACUUAGUUUAAUUAAUUUCUUUUUAGACUUACAUUUUAGAUUUCGUUAAAAGAAAAACCUCCCUCACAAAUUUAUUGUUCUAAUUCGCCUAGAUUUAAAGUAAAGGAAUUUGCGGAAAAUAAUUUUAAUCUCUGUGGACGAAUCAUAAAUAUUAAAACGGUGAUCGUGCGCUUGCGAUUUUAUAAGGUAUAUUUUCUAGCACAUCAAGUUUUUGGCGCCGCUGCCGGGGAUUAAAAUUUAUUUUUCGCUCCUUUAUUUUUAAUCUUUCGGAUUAGCUUGUUUUCUCACUAUUUUUUGUUCUUUAUUUCGAGGAGAAAGAGUCGGGAUUCAUGGAGUAAAGUGAACAAAUUUUGCUCGGAUUUGGAAGCUUGCUUUGGUAUCUCGUAUCUCUCCACUUUUUUCGUCUUUAUUUAGAAAAUCACAAACAAAUUUGAAAAUUGAAAAACACAAACAAAUUAAAAAUUUAAAAUCCAAAAAUAGUAGUUAGAAUUAAAUAUGUGUUGCAUCAUGCAUUUUUACACUUAGGGCACAUCAUUUAGAUUUUAAUUUUUGUUUUUAAAUUUUCGUACCUUAAAUUGUGGUGAUCGCUGGAGGACCCUAAGGUGCGUUAAUUUCUUCCUUUCUUUAGAGUAAAUCACGUAGUGUAGAAGCAUCCAUAUUUGUUUAUAGCUUUAAUUAUCUCGUUGUGUGGUGCAUCAUUUUAAAUAAAUCUUAAGGGCAAAACCCAAUCACAAGAUAAGGGGAGGGAUUUCAUCACUCUUUCCUUGGCCCACAACAACUAAUUUCAACAUUUUGCAUUUCCCUAGCCUUUUAAUAAAAUUGAAUUAGACGUUAGCCCCUAGGUUUCGCGCUCAAUUAGGAAGGUACCUAAAGAACGAGGUAAUCUUUAAUUAUUCCGACUCUUCGGUGUCUAAGGCAAGCGAAAGCUUAUCUGGCCGAUUAAGGUUUGGUGUCUAAGCGCGGAGAUUGGCCUCUUGGCAAUGCCUGCUCCAAACUGGCCAAACCGGUCCGAAUAAUUUUGGAUUUAUCGAGUUUUUGGUGGUCCUUAACGUUAGGAGCAAGGUCUAGUUCAUUUUUUUUAGGGAACCCUAGAUUUAGGUUUUUCUUUCUCUUUUACACCCUUUCUUUUGUGUGUUUUAAUUUUUGCACUUAUUUGCUACAUGUUUAUCGUUUAUGCGAACUACUUGGGUUAGGAACGAAGCAUCCAGAUUAGUAAGACCUAUAAUCGAGAUUCCCUCGUCCUCUUCGGAUUCCGAAACCCUAGAAGUUCUAGAACCGAUAGUAAACAUGGCCCUUUCACUCAAGGAUCGUUGUUAUCCAUCUCGUUCAAGUCAACCUUCGUGCAUCACCCUUCCUCCCGUAAAUGGGAACAAUUUUGAAAUUAAAGCUCAUCAUAUUAGCAUGUUACCUAAAUUUACCGGGAGUGAGGGUGAGGAUCCUUAUCUUUUUAUUCAAGAGUUCGAGGAAGUUUGUUCCCUCCAAAAGCUCCACCAAUUAACGGAAGAUUCGAUUAGACUUAGGCUCAUUAAUUUUGCGCUUAAGGAGAAUGCGAAAAAAUGGUUAUAUAGUCUUCCCGUUAAUUCUAUUUCCACGUGGGAGGGGUUUGUGGUGGUUUUUCUUAAAAAGUAUUUUCCAAAUCAUAAGACUACUCGAAUUACAAAUGAAAUAAAUCAAUUUCAUCAAAAGGAAAAUGAGUCUUUUUGGAUUUUCUUUGACCGCUUCAAAAAUCUUCUCUCACAAUGCCCCCACCACGGAAUAGAAAAAUGGAGACUUUGCAAGAUAGUUUACGAGGCCUUAGAUAGUCAAACCACCGCGUUAUUAGAGUCUAUGUGCCAAGGUAAAUUCAUGGAAAAAGAUGAGGAUCAAGGGUGGGAAUUUUUCGAGGAUUUAGCGGAAAAGACUAUGAUGUGGGAGUCAACUAGGGAGCCCAAAAAGUCAAUUCAGUCAUCUAGCGCUAGGGGCUUGCAUUCGAUAGGAAAUAAUGUGGCAACCGAUGCCAAACUAGCCACCCUAACUAGGAGACUUGAAGCUUUAGAAACUAGUAAAUCUCCCCCACAAAUGUCGAUGCUCCCUAAUUACAAUUUUCAAAAUCCCGGAACCCAACCUUCGCACGAACUUGAACAAGUAAAUGCGAUGUUUCAAAAUCCUAGGAAUGAUGCGUUUGCACCCACUUAUAAUCCCGGGUGGAGAAAUCACCCAAAUUUCUCAUGGACCCAAGGUCAAAUUUUUCAAAAUCAAGGCCCAACUUCUUUUCAAACUCCUCAAACAAAUUUUCAAAGGCCCAACCCAAAUUCUUACCCAAAUCAAGGUCCAAAUUCAUGUCAUAACCCAAUUCAAACUCCUUUGAAUCCUCCCGGUUUCAAUGAUUCGGAUAAACGCCUCAAUUCCUUAGAAAAAAGUUUGGAAGCCUUAGUGAAAUCGCAAACUAAUUUGACCCAAUCUCAACAAACUUUCAUGACAACCCUAACCCAAGAUAGGCAAAUCUUGCAUUCUAAUGUGCAAGCCGUGUCUAAGUUAGAGGCCCAAUUGAGUCAAUUAGCUAGCGCGUUGUGUGAGCGAGAAAAGAACAAGUUGCCAAGUCAACCCGAGGUCAAUCCUAAGUUUCCUCUCAAUCAAAGACCUCACGAGAAUGUUAAUGCGAUUAUUUCUCUAAGGUCGGGAAACCAAGUGGAUAACAAAGUUGGUGAGAACGUGAAUAAAAAUGAGGAGUCGAUUCCUGAACCAAAUCCUUCUUUGUCGAAUCCUAUCCCGGAUAAGCCCGAAUGUUCUAGAGUCCGUGAGUCUAUGAAUGAACCUAGUUCCGGGUCCAUUUCUCAAAAGCCCAACGAAGAAGUUUAUAAGCCGAGGGUUCCUUACCCACAAAGACUCAUUCCUCCUAAACAAUCGGCCCAAAUGGAACAAAUUCUAGAGGUUUUUAAACAAGUCAAGAUUAACAUUCCUCUUUUAGAUGCCAUUCAACAAGUUCCUUCUUAUGCCAAGUGUCUAAAAGAUUUGUGUACCCAUAAGAGAACCACUCAUGUUCCAAAGAAAGCCUUUUUGACCUCGCAAGUAAGCUCGAUUCUCUCGAAUCAAAUUCCCGUGAAAUAUAAGGACCCCGGUUGUCCUACAAUUUCUUGUGUCAUAGGCAACACUUUUGUGGAUAAAGCUUUACUUGAUUUAGGAGCGAGUGUGAAUCUUCUUCCUUUCUCGGUCUAUCAAGCCCUAGGAUUAGGGGAUCUCAAGACCACCAAUAUGACCCUUCAACUUGCCGAUCGUUCCAUUAAAAUGCCAAAGGGGAUUAUUGAGGACGUGUUGAUAAAAAUCGGUGACUUUAUCUUUCCCGUUGACUUUGUUGUUCUCGAGACUCAACCCGUCUCGAAUCCUAAGAACCAAAUUCCUAUCAUUUUAGGACGACCUUUUCUUGCUACAUCCAAUGCCUUAAUCAAUUGUAGGAAUGGUUCAAUGAAACUCACCUUUGGAAACAUGACCAUUGACUUAAACAUUUUCAACAUAGGAAAAGAACCCAAUGAGCUUUAUGAACAACCGAUAGGGGUUAAUGUGGUCAACAAGUUUGUCACAUGGUCCAGUUUUGAGGAUAGUGAGAUUGAGUCUCUUCUCAACGAGGAUUUCAAAGUCAACAACGAGAACAAUAGGGAAUAUCAUGAGUCGUUGAAAGAGUUGACCUCGGAGGAGUUGUUAGGAGAAUUGAACGACAUUUGUUCAAAAUGGGAAACUCCGCCCGAGAUUGUUCGUGUUGACCCUAGGCCCAAUUUUGAGAGUUAUGUAGGUGAAUCACCGACAUUUGACUCGUUGUCCCAUCAUUCGCAUAGUGCCUUAGGAAGAGAUGACACUGUUUCUUACAUCAUUCCUAGUGAUUUAUCCCUCGACCAAAAUUUAAUUGUCUCUAAUUUGCUUGAUAAUAAAGAAGCAUUAAGUUGGUUUAGGGAGAACAUUAGUGAUACUUGUCCAACAGGAGUGAAUGAUGGUCACAUGCUAGAGAAAGUCUUUGUGCCUAAAAAUUUUCGUACACAUUUUGACUCUUUCUCGAAGCUUCCUCCCAUAUUUCCUUCCGGAAUCGGCUGAAGUGGUUCCUCCUUCGAACCUUCCCUCGUGAAAUUCAGGUAUGGGGAAGGAAAUGUGUGAGUGUGUGGGUCUUGUUAGUGUUUCGUUCGUUAAUAAAAAUCCCCUUCAUAUCCAUUUCAGGUAUUUUUCUCUUUACUCUCUCAUUUCAAUUUUCUGUUUUGCAUACAUUGAGGACAAUGCAUGAUUUAGGUAUGGGGAGGGCUUUAGUGUAAUUCUAAAAAAUUAAAAACCCUAAAAAAAUGAAAAAUUAGAAAAAUCCAAAAAUAGAGAUACUUUUAGCUAAGUUGUCCUUCCCUCACUCGAACUUUAGGAGUAGUUGGUGUUUAGCAUGUUUUCGAAAAGUACAUAUAUGUAGUGUCUUUUAGAUAAUUUGAACGUAGUUGAGUAAGGUUGUCUUUUUGAAGCUUGUAUCGACCGAUUUGUACUUUAAAUUCCAAGAUGGCACACACUUUUGCACGAGACCUUUGAUGGAGAGAUUGUCUAGUAAUAUUAUUCGAUACCUGAGAGAGAACCCACAUGUUGAAACAAUGUCGAAUCGAACCUUUGCGAAUAAAAAAAAAAGAAGAAAGAAAUAGAAAAAAAAAAGAAAAAAAAAAGAAGAGAAGGAAUAACUACUUCAAUACCCAUUGUUCUUUAUAGAUAAAAUCUUUAGAUAAAUGGGCAAAAGUAGAUUGACUAGUCUCGUUUUGUGGCCUUUGUUACUCGAGCAAUUAAGUUCGUAGGGGGAUUUCAAAACCUAGUGCCCUAAGACCGUUUGGUUUGGGAGUCACUGACCCAAAGCUCGCUACAUGGGUAACAUUGUUUGCCUAAGAAAACGGACAAAAUUAAGUCGAUGCAAAAAAAAGAAAAAAAAAGAAAAAAGAGAAGAAUAAGAAUUUGUGAAGUUGGGCUAGAUAUUUGUUUCGAUAGAGAUUGGGUUAGUUCAAAAUUGGUUGAAAAAGAGAAAAUGUUAUUAGACGAUUAGGAUCCAUCAAAGGCCUUAAAUUACUUACACUCCUUGGAUUUCUAGUAAAUUUUUGUGUCGAGUCAAGUAGAUUAGAGACAACUGUAUCUUGAUUAUUAGUAGAUGAGUCUUUAAGUCGUAUUUUCCUUAAAAACGCUUUUUGUUAACACCGACGAAAUUAGGGUAGAGUCGAGUAGACACUUGCUAGAAUGUCUCGAAGAUUUUAUGGGUAUAUCUUCUGUAAACCCUUAGGAGACAAAACUCCUCUUGUAGAGAUCGUCUACGAGUUUAACGGGUUGGUGAACCUAAAAUCACCCGUCACGCCUACGAAAAGGAGCCUAGGAAUCGCAUCUAGUUUUCUUAGUUUAUUUUCUUUUCUUUUGAUUUUUACUCGAGGACGAGCAAAAGAUAGGUAUGGGGAAGUUUGAUUAGUCCAUAUUUUUGCAUAUUUAAGUGCCUAUUUUUUGUUUAUUUUCGUAGUAUUAAUCGCUUAUUUAUUUUAUUUCAGGAAAUUGUAGAUAAAUAAAGAAAGAAGAGAAAAUGCAAGAAAAAGAAAAAAAGGGUUGGCAAGUAAAGGACACAUGGAUGGCCACAAUUCUCCCAACACUCAAGGCACAUGGAUGGUCAAGAUUGAGCCUCCCUACCCCUAAACCCUAAUUCUUUAGUUAUAAAUACCCCUCUUCUUUUACUUGUAAUCACCAACCUAGUAACCUAGCCACCUACUCUCCUUUUCUACCUAGUGAUUUCUAUAGUUAGUAUCUUAGAUAGAUUUACAUUUUGCUAGCCCCAAUUUCCUUUCCAAGUUUGUACACACUUUUUAAUUUCUAUGCAAAUCUCUUUUAUCUUAA